UGCUCCACCCAGGUCCCCGCGGUCCUCCCGCACACCCCUCUAGUCCAGGCCGGGGUCCCUCUCGCUCACGCCGCGCUCCUCCCUGCUCUCCUCUGCUCCCCCUCCCCAGCUCGAGGCGUCGGACAUGCUGAAGCCGGGGGACCCCGGUGGCUCGGCCUUCCUCAAAGUGGACCCAGCCUACCUGCAGCACUGGCAGCAACUCUUCCCGCACGGAGGCGGCGGCGGCCCGCUCAAAGGCAGCGGGACCGCGCUUCCCCUCGGCGCGCCCCAACCCCUGCAGCCUCCGCCGCCGCCGCCUCCGCCUCCGCCGCCUCCCGAGCGCGCCGAGCCUCCUCCGGACGGCCUGCGGCCGCGGCCCGCCUCGCUCUCGUCCGUCUCGUCCACCCCGGCUCCCUCCUCCACCUCCGCCUCUUCUGCCUCCUCCUGUGCAGCCGCCGCCGCCGCCGCCGCUGCCGCCGCCGCGCUGGCGGGUCUCUCGGCCUUGCCGGUGGCGCAGAUGCCGGUGUUCGCGCCCCUAGCUGCUGCUGCGGUGGCCGCGGAGCCGCUGCCCCCCAAGGACCUGUGCCUGGGCGCCUCCUCGGGCCCUGGGCCCGCUAAGUGCGGUGGCGGCGGCGGUGGCGGCGGCGCGGGGGACAGCCGGGGCGUCCCGCGUUUCCGCUGCAGCGCCGAGGAGCUGGACUAUUACCUGUACGGCCAGCAGCGCAUGGAAAUCAUCCCGCUCAACCAGCACACCAGCGACCCCAACAACCGUUGCGACAUGUGCGCGGACAACCGCAACGGGGAGUGUCCCAUGCACGGGCCACUGCACUCGCUGCGCCGGCUUGUGGGCACCAGCAGCGCUGCGGCCGCGGCACCCCCGCCGGAGCUGCCCGAGUGGUUGCGGGACCUGCCGCGGGAGGUGUGCCUGUGCACGAGCACCGUGCCCGGCCUGGCGUACGGCAUCUGUGCGGCGCAAAGGAUCCAGCAGGGCACUUGGAUUGGGCCCUUCCAGGGCGUGCUCCUGCCCCCGGAGAAAGUGCAGACCGGCGCGGUGAGGAACACGCAGCACCUCUGGGAGAUAUAUGAUCAAGAUGGGACACUUCAGCACUUUAUUGAUGGUGGGGAGCCCAGCAAGUCGAGCUGGAUGAGGUAUAUCCGAUGUGCAAGGCACUGUGGAGAGCAGAAUCUAACAGUAGUUCAGUACAGGUCGAAUAUAUUCUACCGAGCCUGUAUAGAUAUCCCCAGGGGCACCGAGCUUCUGGUGUGGUACAACGACAGCUAUACGUCUUUCUUUGGGAUCCCCUUACAAUGCAUUGCCCAGGAUGAAAACUUGAACGUCCCUUCCACAGUCAUGGAAGCCAUGUGUCGACAAGACGCCUUGCAGCCCUUCAGCAAAAGCAGUAAGCUUUCUCCCUCCGGCCAGCAGCGCUCGGUGGUUUUCCCACAGACUCCCUGCAGCAGGAAUUUCACCCUCUUGGAUAAAUCUGGGCCCAUUGAGGCAGGAUUUAGCCAAAUCAACGUGAAGAACCAGCGGGUCCUAGCCAGCCCAACCUCCACCAGCCAGCUGCAUUCGGAGUUCAGCGACUGGCACCUUUGGAAGUGCGGCCAGUGCUUUAAGACUUUCACACAGCGAAUCCUCCUGCAGAUGCACGUCUGCACACAGAACCCGGACAGACCCUACCAGUGUGGCCACUGCUCCCAGUCCUUUUCCCAGCCGUCAGAACUGAGGAACCACGUGGUCACCCACUCCAGCGACAGACCUUUCAAGUGUGGCUACUGUGGCCGCGCCUUCGCUGGGGCCACCACUCUCAACAAUCACAUCCGGACCCACACUGGAGAAAAGCCCUUCAAGUGUGAGCGGUGUGAGAGAAGCUUCACACAGGCCACGCAGCUGAGUCGACACCAGCGAAUGCCCAACGAGUGCAAGCCAAUAACCGAGAGCCCGGAAUCAAUCGAAGUGGAUUAACUGAUUGACUGGCUGGAAUUAAACUGCAAGGAAAGUCAUGAUUAAAUGUCACGGACACUUAAGCAAAACCAAAGAUUUCCUCGGAGCAACUUUCAAUCAGUCCCAGAAAACCAAAAGCAGUAAUAAAAUAAGUAAGAUGUUAAGAGAUAUUGAUCCUGGCAUGGAAGUCAGACCAGGAAAGAGAUUAUUUAUUUAUGACUAGGGAUGAGACUGAUUUCCGUGGACAACUCACCUGGGAUGGCUAGCAUUUCCAGUCCAACCAUGAGUUUGCUUUAUUUCUAAAAAAGCUUUUUUUAAAUAAUAAAAAAAAAAAAAACCUGUUAUUUAAUACCAAAGGGAGGAUUCCUCUGCCCACAGUUGUGAGAAAGAACGCACAGGGACUUGGUUCUCAUUGCACCUUUUUUUUUUCUUUUUUUUUUUUUUUUGGUAGUAGCAUGUUUCAAGGGGACCCGUUGUACGGCCUUCCUCCUUCUGUCGAGGCCUAGCCCACCCGGUGUGGGUGACCCCAUCGAGGAUGGCUGAGGCAGAAGUGAGAACCUGGCUGGCUAGCCCGACGCCACCUGCAGCCUCGGCGUCGGCCCAUGUCUGUAGUUUUCACGUUUCAUGCACUUUCUUGUGGCUCCUUUCCACCCGCCAGCCUGGAACUGAUGCUGGAGAAAGGAAGAAAAAUGGCUUCAGGUGGCCAAGUCGAAGGACGAGCGUGGAGGGCUUGCUUUGUCCUGUCCGGAUGUCAGAAACCUUUACCGUGUACGGCGCUUCACAGUACAAUAUAUCGUCCUGAAGCAGCUAGUGGAGGAAAUGUUGUUUCCGGUAACGUUUUUUAGCUUAAGAAAAAUGAAAACAGAAAUAAAGUUCUUUGGUCUGAGGCUGAGCCGAA